AAAUAUCUCCUUCUUAAGAGGAAGGAAAAAAAAAAAUACAUACACGCUUCUUUCGUACACUCACUCGUUCUCCCAUUUUCUCUCCCAAAUUUAGAUGAUCUCUCUUUCUUUCAUUUUCCUCUCUGCACUUUCCCGGGAAACUAAAGAAAAAUUUCCCCUAUUAGAUAGACAUGUCAGACGCUUUGAUAAGUGGACUCGCCGGAGCUGGCGGCGGGAUCAUAGCUCAGCUUAUCACAUAUCCUCUUCAAACUGUAAACACUCGGCAACGAACGGAGCGUGAUGUGAAAAGGCAGAAGGGGAAGCAUGUGACUAUUGAAGUGUCAGUUUUUCGAUUGAAUGAUAUGUGGGUAAUCAAGAAUGAAGGAUGCGGGCGAUUGUAUAGCGGAUUAGCGCCAUCAGUAGUAGGCGCAGCUUGUUCUCAGGGUGUUUACUAUUAUUUCUAUCAAAUAUUCAGGGAUAGAGCUGAAGCUAUAGCUCAUGAACGGAAGAUGAAUGGAAUUGGUGAUGGAUCAGUUGGGAUGUUGUCAUCGCUUGUGGUGGCUGCCUUAGCUGGGUGUACAAAUGUGCUGUUGACAAAUCCCAUAUGGGUAGUUGUCACUCGUAUGCAGACUCAUAGGAAGAACUCAAAGAAGUCUCAGCUUAGUCACUCAUCCAUUGCCCCAGCUGAGAAAGUAUUAAAUCCAAUAGAACCUCCUCCAUACAGAACUGGCCACACGACUCAAGAACUCUAUGAUGAAGCAGGAAUUUGGGGCUUUUGGAAAGGUGUUUUCCCAACAUUAAUCAUGGUCAGCAAACCUUCAAUACAAUUCAUGCUUUAUGAAACUAUGUUGAAGAAGCUGAAGACAAAUUGUGCCUUGGUUAAGCAGGGUGACACCGGAGUUAGUGCUUUGGAGAUAUUUCUCCUUGGAGCUUUAGCAAAUCUUGGAGCUACUGUUGUAACAUAUCCUCUUCUAGUGGUAAAGUCGAGGCUUCAAGCAAAACAAAUUACAAAUGGAGACAAAAGACAUCAUUAUGAAGGUUCGUUGGACGCUAUCCUUAAGACGAUUCGCUAUGAAGGGUUCCAUGGGUUCUAUAAAGGCAUGAGCAUGAAAAUUGUGCAAAGUGUUCUUGCCGCCGCUGUUUUGUUCAUGAUCAAGGAAAGAACUUGUCAGGAUGCUCGAUUUUUGCUAACCAAGGGAGGCAUUAGUACAAGCAAAACAAGGCCUACCUGAACGUAGCCUCGUCAUUACAUUUCUUCUCCUUAUGGUUGUUUCCUUGGUGUAGUCAAUUUUUCAUUUAGCUGGAUGCUAGCAUUAUUAGGUUCCCUCUUCUAAAUAAGUUAUUGAAACCAAGGGGAAUGCUGCUAGCUUUACCCAUCAUCAUUGAAAAUAAUCCAUCAUAUAGGCAAGUUUAUAAACUUGAAUUUUAGGUU